AAUCUAGUGCGGAAAAAAAUACUCAGGCGUCUACUUCAAAAUCCGAUGAGCAAGAAAAUGAUCUUCCUUUGCCUGGCGUCAGUCAUCUAACUGAUCAUGAAAUUAUUAUUGCAACACACCAGAUGGUUUUUAAGUUAAUAAAGAAAGUUAACAGACUAAAGCGGCAGAAUGACGCUUUAAAAAGAAAAUUGGAGGGUGGUUAUAGAAAUACUAGAUCGACAGACAAACAACUUUCUUUACAAGAUAUUGCGGUAAUUAAUAACUAUUUCCCCAUUGACGCAAAUGAAGCUAACAAGAACAAAAAAAUAGAUGUUGUUGAAAAUAUGUUAGGAAAAAAAGAUCAAGAGUUCUUCCAGAAUGCGGUAAUCUUUUUCAAAAGCAAGGGAGGUAGCGAUUGCCGCAAGUUAAUAUUUAACUGUAUGAUAGCUGCAAUAACAAAUGAAGUGGCGAAUCAGUACAGCUUUAUAGGGAGCAAAGCGCCAAGAAAAUCUUUCAAAGACCUCCGGCUAUGCACUUGCCUGUAUCAAGCUGUCAAACUUGCAUUUCCAAAUGCAAAUGACGAUGACAUUAAAGUGGAAAAGGUCCAAAAAGGGCGCCAUUCCAGCCAAUAGUUAUAGACGAAACAUUGAACAGUGGUGAAGAAUCCGAUUCAUAAUUAUUGUCUUAAUUUAUUCAGCAUUCGUAAAUACUUAUUUUAAUUCUAAUCUUAGCCAGUAAUUAUUAUAAUAAAUAAAGUAGA